CCACUAAUAUUGCCUCAUUCUUCCUUCCAGAAUCGCCGGGUCGAGCCUUCAGGUCACCCUCUGUCCCUCGAGGAUGAGCCAAGGAUCUCCACGCCAGCGGGAGCAGAGCGUCCAAAUACGGCAUGCGCACGCACUAUACAAAUAACUCUUGCAUAAGAAAAAAAUAAGACAUAAGUUAAAGACAAAUAUAAAAGAAAAAUCUAUAGAAAUAGCAUAAUGAAAGGAGAAAAUGUUGCAGAAUACAAAAGACAAAAGAAAUAGUGAAAAGGGUUAUGCAAGCACCGACUUGCGCGUAGCGGACUUCCUGCAGCACAGGCGAUGCCAGGCGGGCGUCGCGCGCCACGAUGGAGCGGCGAGAGAGCAGCGCCACGUCGAGUUCGGUUCCCGCCCCCGCCCAUGCACGAGCCGAGUGUCAGCGCUCUAAAAGACGUCUAAUACUGUGAAAGGGAAAAAAAGUGAAUCUGACCCAACCGUUUCUGCAAACUAUCCAUUCUAUCGACGUCGUCUGACUGUGCCUUGUGAACCGUGAGGUCAAAGGGCAAGGCCUUGGAGCGAAUUGUUACGCCUUCCACGCAGAGGUUAGGUACCAGAACGCCCGAACGCCCGCCCGCACGAGUGCGCCGGAGCCGUAGAUAUGCGCCUGGACCGCAGAAGCCGCGGGUUCCCGAAGAGGUAGUGCGCGGCGAUGGUGCUCGGGGCGUGAGCGAGGGCGGAGGCAAGAAGUGCGCCGCCGCCCGUGACAGGUGGCGCUCGCCGAGUGACGAUCGCUCGCUCGCUCGCCGCUGCCAAAUAUACCCGUGGCACCAGCGGUGGCACCGUGCGACGAGGCGCCCAGGGAGACAGGAGGAAGGGAGGGAGGUGGCGCCAGCGCCUCCCCUGAGCCAGCAGUGCCGCGGCAGUUAGGCUGGCACCGUCUCAGGUGCGGCACCCAACGCGACUCGGGCAUCGUGAGGCGUAGGCAAGAACUGGUGCCCGAACUCAGGCCGGGACGGGCGGGACGCUGACGCCGCCCGCCGCCGCUGCCGCCUCCGCCGCUUCACCUCCUGCAGGAGGGGCCGCUCCUGGCCUCGCAUGGCCGCGGUGAUGUUCCUGCGCAAGGCAAUGCGUUACUACCGAUUGUGGAUUUACACGUGCAAUGCCGUCCUGCUCGUGUCAGUGUUCGUGUUCAUGGGCGUGGCGGGGGGCGUGGCCUCGCACCCGUACCUGUCGCUGGUGCCGGCGCCGCCCGCCUACCACCCGACGCUGCUCUACGGCUACCUGGCGCUGCUGCUGCAGGCUGGCGUGCUGCAGGCGCUGGGCUGCUUAGGGGCGCUCCGCCUCUCGCAGCGGCUGCUCAACAUCUACUGGCUCCUGCUGCUGUUCCUGCUGCUGGGCGACGUCGUGGUGGGCCUCGUGUGGCUGUACCGCUUCUCGCAUCUAACUGACGGCCUCACGCCGCACGUACGCGCCACGCUGCUCGACCGCUACGGCCGCGACCCCGACGUCACGGAGGCGUGGGACACGCUGCAGCGCGCCGCCAAGUGCUGCGGCGUGGCGUCGCCGCGCGACUACAACACCACGUGGUGGGACGCGGGGCAGCGGUUCUCCGUACUGCGGCUGCCGGCGUCGUGCUGCCAGCGGAACGACAGCGACGCGGCGGAGCCCGGCGUGCGCCCGCUGUCUGGCAUCAAGGCCGACCAAAAGGUGCGCCACGUGAAGGCGUACCCUGAGACCGACGCGAAGGGCCGCCUGCGCGCCGACUCGUAUGGGGGCGGCGGCGGGCGCGGGCGGGACCGCAACCUGACGUGCGCCAACGGCGACGACAAGGAGUACUACACGCGCGGCUGCGUCGUGCACCUGGAGAAGUGGCUGCUGACGUCGGCCGAGACGCUCAUGAUCCUGGGCUUCUGCGUGAUCGCCUUCAUCAAGCUGUGCUUCGUGGGCAUCCUGCGCUUCGAGAUCCAGGAGAUGAUCCAGAAGAUCAAGGUGCUGCAGGGCGAGACGCAGUGCACGCCCAACCCCGAGCUGGCCGCCGCCCUCGGCCUCGUGUCGCCCGACAAGGCGGCCGAGUGCGGUCUGCUCAGCUCGGGCGGCGGCGCGGGCGGCGGCGGCGAUGGUGCAGGUGGCGGUGAAGGUGAGGGCGGCGGCGGCGGGGACGCGCACGCCGACGCAGAGUCGGUGGCCGACACGCCGUUAACGCAGCCGCGCCUCAACCACCUGUCCGGCCCGACGGACGGCGCCGAGUCCGACACCAACUCGCACUGCGCCCUCAUCACGGACACGCCCGUGCGCCGGCCGCAGCCCGACAAGCGCAAGCCCAACGGCAACAACAACGACGUGACGGAGCUCCGUGAGCUGCGCCACGUGCGCCAGACGCAGAUAUGAUGACCGCCGCCGCCGCCGCCGCCCCGCAGCCUGGCUGUCCACGCGGAGCUCCCCGCC